CCAUCUCGGGAAUAUGGCUUAAAAGCUCUUAACAAUAGCUCACUAAUGAAGAAGCUAUCGUGUUUACGUUGAAGAAAAGCAGCAUCGAAUGUCUCUGAUUAUCCAUCGCCAUCACCUUACCUAUAAGUUUUCUUAGAAUAUAAAGUGAUCUUAUCUGAUAAACGUAUCUCUGGAAGGUGUCUCAAAUCUAUUAAACUACUUAUCGAAGUAACCUAAUUCACUCGGUUCCUUGACAAUUGCCCAGUUAGUAAAACCGAGGAUUUUGUCUACAACACAGAGAUGACGUUUAACCUGCUGGCGGGGAAGACUUUGAAGUAUGUCGUGUUCGUGGUGGUCAUCAUACUUGCGGAUAUCGCCGGUCUUUGGAUAUACUUCAGGUUGAUGUCACCGGAUGUCAGCUCACAACUGGAUCCGCCGGAUGUGACGCAGCCACCUCUUCCCUCCAACAGCACCUUCGGCAUCUAUUCCAAGGCGGCAGUUGUCAGUUCAGGAGCACCUUGUGCUGCCUUUGGCAGGCAGAUGCUGGAAGAAGGAGGCAGUGCUGUGGACGCGGCCAUAGCUGUACUGUUGUGUGACGGUGUUUGUGUGAUGGAGGCGAUGGGAGUUGGAGGAGGGUUCAUCAUGACCUUCUAUAACCGCACUAAAAAGCAGGCCUAUUCCAUCGUGGCCCGUGAGACUGCCCCAGCAAAUGCCACUGUGGACAUGUACGUAGCCGAUCCUUCACUCUCCACAUUUGGACCCUUGGCAGCAGGGAUCCCAGGGGAGUUAAAGGGGUACCAAGAAGCCCACGGAAUGUUCGGUAAACUUGCCUGGAGUAGACUCUUUGAACCAACAAUCCAACUGUGCCAGACAGGCGUCCCAGUCAGCAAAAGUUUGGCCUUCCAGUUCCAGCUUACAGAGGAUAAGAUACGAGCCAGCCCCUCCGCGUCGGCGGUUUUGUUGAACUCUACGGGAGGCCGGCUACCCAAGGAGGGAGACAAGAUCAAGCUGCCACUCCUAGCACAGACUCUCAGUGUGAUAGCAAACAGUCCCAAGAAGGCAGAUGAGUUGUACAACGGCAGUCUGACCAAACAGUUCGUGAAGGAUAUCCAGGCGGAGGGCGGCAUCAUCACCGAGCAGGACAUGAAUAACUACGCGGUGCGAACAAAGGACCCUCCUAUCAACGCCUCCCUCAGCGGGAACCUGACUCUCUACACUGCACCCCUCCCUGGCUCCGGAGUCCUGGUAGCCUUCAUGUUACGCUUGCUGGACAACUUCGUCCAGCUCGGAGACUCGGACCUGGAGCGAUCUCAGCUCAUGAUAGAGACAUUCAAGCACGCCUAUGGUCGCCGCACAGAUCUCGGUGACCCGUACUUCGUGAAUAAGACUCUUCUGGACAGCGUGAUAUUCAACCUAACCGAUGAGGCGACGAUAUUGGGGCUGCGAGAGAAGAUCCACCUGAACAGCACGUCUGAGGACGUAGCGUACUACGGGGCCGACUACGCUAAGGAGGAUCACGGGACUAACAAUAUCGUAGUGGUAGAUGCUGAAGGAAAUGCUGUCUCAGUCACCAGCACUAUCAACACCUUGUUUGGAAGUGCGUUUGUGUCUACAAGUACCGGUAUCUUGUUGAACGACCAGAUGGAUGACUUCUCCACUCCUGGAGUACCGAACUUCUGGGGAGUUGCCCCAAGUGCGGCUAACUUCAUUGAGCCGAACAAGCGGCCCCAAUCCUCUAUGAGUCCCAGCAUCAUAGUUGACAGUAACGGAGACGUGAGGCUGGUAGUCGGUGCAGCCGGGGGUACAACCAUUACCACUCAGACAGCAUCAGUGGCGGUGAGGAAUCUGUGGCUGGGGAAGAAUAUCAAGGAGGCUAUUGACGAACGUCGCUUCCACCACCAGCUUCUCCCCAUGGAGAUUUCCUAUGAGUAUGGGGUAUUGGAUACAAUGGUAGAGGCAUGGCACAAGAUUGGGCAUAAAACUAGGAGGAGGCCACCGACGCAGUAUCCCCUGGCGUUGGUCACAGGCAUUGCGAGGUUGGGACUAAACAUCACGGCCAACUGCGACUGGCGGCGGUUCGGAGGAGUGGAGGGGUUCUGAAAUUGUCAAGACCUUCUCAUUAUUCGUAAUAUGGAUGCUUCUUGAAGAAUUAAGUGGAAUUCGUUGAUGUUACGGCUAGAAAUCGGCUAGAAGACUCAAAUUUUGUCUUUAAAAUAAAACAUUUUAAAAUUAAA